GGUGUCUGAGUCAACUGUAUAAAAAUACCUUCUUCAGAGGUGGGGAUCUAGCUGCCAUCUACACCCCAGAUGCCCAGUACUGUCAGAAGAUGUGCACAUUUCACCCCAGGUGUCUCCUGUUCAGCUUCCUUGCUGUGACUCCACCCAAAGAGACAGAUAAGAGGUUUGGUUGCUUCAUGAAAGAGAGCAUUACAGGGACUUUGCCAAGAAUACACCGGACAGGGGCCAUCUCUGGUCAUUCUUUAAAGCAGUGUGGUGAUCAAAUAAGUGCUUGCCACCGAGACAUAUACGAAGGACUUGAUAUGAGAGGGUCCAACUUUAACAUAUCUAAGACCGACAGUAUUGAAGAAUGCCAGAAACUGUGCACAAAUAAUAUUCACUGCCAAUUUUUCACAUAUGCUACAAAUGCAUUUCACAGACCAGAGUACCGGAAGAACUGCCUGCUGAAGCGUGGUUCAAGUGGAACACCCACCAGCAUAAAGUCAGUGGACAACCUGGUGUCUGGAUUCUCACUGAAGUCCUGUGCACUUUCAGAGAUUGGUAAUUAGAUGACAAUUAUUCCACUGUGA